AUGGCCCUUGCGCGGCGCUCGUCGGUGCUCACCCUUUGGAGCACGGGGCUAGGGCUAGCCCUGCUGCAAGCUGGCCGAAAUCUGGAGGCCCUGCCGGAUGCGCUUCGCCUUUGCGCAAGGCUGCGGGCAGCGCAAACAGAUGAGGAUCAGGUCCAACUUCCGUGGGCUGAGUUUUUUCUGGGCUUGGCAGAUGACAGGCUGACAGCUGCUGAGAAGCUGGGCCUUGGAGGCCUUGGAGGAAUCACAGGCUUGCCCGCCAGCUUGAAAUCUUGGAUGGCAGACUUGGAGUGGUUGGAACAUCAGCUCCUGCCUUGCGAUUCCACUCCAGGUCAAGCCUUUCGGAUGAAGAAAAAGAAGGCCGAGCAAGUUUUGGGCGUGCAGAAGGUGCUCCAGCAGCAUUUCCGCACCUCCCAAGUGCGGCGUUUGGUGGAUCUGGGCUGCGGUGCCGGCGCGUUGACGCGACAGCUGAGUCAGGCCAUAUUGGUCCCGACUGUGGGCUUGGACCGGGACCCGCAGCAAGUGCGCUUGGCGACCGGGCUGGCCGGGCCUUCGGAACUCCUCACCUUUCGUUGCUGUGAUAUUCAGAAUGCUUCUGCUCUUCGAGCGACCCUGCAGCCCGGAGAUUUGGUGGUGGGGCUCCAUCCCUGCGGAAGUUUGGGGGACUAUGCCAUCCAGGCUUUGGUGGGUUCAAAAGUGAAGCCAGGAUUGCUGAUGGUCUCCUGCUGUUUGCAGGGUCGCGCAUGGGCGCCGGUGCCCAAUCCGCGAAGCUCUCUAUCCCAACUGGGCCAGGCACUCAACCUGAGCCUUCCACGGCUGUCCUUGCAACGUAGCAACCUCUGGUCCCGUUCGUCCGGCCACAGUGCGGGCGCCACAAACCGCAGGGGAGUGCUGCACACGCGCCUCGCGUUGCGACGCUUGUUGCAGCUGCGCGGCCGUCCGAUCGGUGGGCUCUUUGAGUCCACGCCCUCGCUGCGGGGGCUGGGGCGGGGCAGCUGGGAGCAGCAGGCAAGCCGAGCGAUGCAGCGCGAAGGUCUUCCAGCUCCAACCUCCCGGGAGCUGCGGCUUUCCACGCAGUGGGCCUCUGAGCGGCUGCCGCGACAACGACGCCUACAGCUCUUGAGCCCAUUGCUGGGUCGUUUGGCCGAGCUCACAGUGAACUUUGAUCGUGCCAUGGCCCUGCAGGAGGCCGGCUACGACGUCGCGCUCAGCGCUGCCUUUGCAGCAUCGUCCAGCCCGCGGAACUGCGCCAUUUUAGCGGGGGGCAAAACGGGUGCGGCGGAAGGGGGAGCAAAUCGAGCGAUUCCAGAGCGCAGAGGUGCUUCGAAUGCAACGCAGAUUCCACGACGGUAUGUGGAAGAUGAAGCGCCCAAGCUGGUCCGACAGAAAACAGAGAAAGGGAAAGAGAUUGAUACUGUGGAUAAGAAUUUGGUUGGGCGACACGUUUUGGAUCUGAACAGUCGCGCUGGGCUCCCGGUGGGUUGGAUGUACAAUGCACCGGCUCUCCAGUGGGCGGCCAUUGUUCAGGUAUGUUCAGGUGAUUCAGGGGGUCGUUGCUUCGGAGUGGCUGCAGGUGGAAAGGAAGUUGCUACGGCACCAACGGUCUAUGGGGUGGAUAACUUCUGGAAGUAUGGCACCUUGUCCCGUGGCUUUGAGAAGCAUCCGCGCUUCCACUUCUUUGAGGGCGAUGCCAAAGAUGUGGCAUUCCUCCGGAAGAUCGUUUUUGACAACAAGAUCGAAAUCUUCAUUGCAGCUGCAGCGAUCAUCGGCGGGAUCUCCAUGUUCCACAAGUUGGCCUAUUUCCUGCUGGCUGAAAACGAGCGCAUCACUUGUGCUGCCUUUGACGUGUGCGUGGAAGCGAAGCAGGCGGGGUUUCUGGAGAAAGUGGUGGUGAUUAGCAGCUCCAUGGUCUAUGAAUGCUGCGAGAGCUUCCCCUCCAAGGAGGCAGACCUCAAGUCGUGCCCCCCACCGCAGAGCACCUAUGGUUUCCAGAAGUUGGCGCGUGAGUACUUUGCCAAGGGCGCUUGGGAACAGCAUCAGCUUCCGUACACCAUCAUUCGGCCGUUCAAUGCAGUAGGCAUUGGAGAGCAGCGCGCCAAAACCGAUGCAGAAGUGCUCAGUGGAAACGUCAAGCUGGCCAUGUCGCAUGUGGUGCCAGAUCUGGUUCAGAAGAUCCUUAAGGGGCAGAAGCCGCUACACAUCCUGGGCGCUGGGAAUCAGAAACGCCAUUACACAUAUGCUGGAGACUUGGCCCGGGGCAUUGUGAAGUGUAUCAUGGACCCAAGGUCCAGGAACCAGGACUUUAACAUCUCUACAGCUGUUGGCCACACAGUUCUGGAGCUGGCGGAAGUCAUUUGGAAGAGGCUCAAUGGACCAGAUGUGCCAUUUGAGUAUGUCUCUGAUGAACCAUUUCAGCAUGACGUGCAAAUGCGCGUGCCGUGCGUUCAGAAGGCCAAGGAGGUCUUGGGGAUUCAGUGCACCACGACCCUGGAAGAAGCCUUGGAGGAAGUCAUCCCUUGGAUCAAGGACCAGGAUGCGACAAGUCGAGUCCGCCCCGAGGGGAUUGCGGCGGCGAAAAAGUGGCGGCCAGGAUCUGCGCGCCUCGCGGGACGCUGGACGCAGCUCACAGACCAUGGCAAGAUCUACUUGAGCAAAAAGGAGAAGAACGUCUUCAUCCUGGAGGGCACCAAAGCCUCUGGCUUUUCGGGCUGCUGCUACGGCGGCUCCUGCGAGGAGCGCCGCUUGUUGACCGAGGGCCUCGGCCAUACGCUGACGGCAGAAGUGAAGUCAAGCCCGGCAGAGCAGACCCCGGACCAGCAGAUUUUCAUUCUCCUGGACUGCCUUAGCGUCACCGACUUGUCCUCUGGCUGCGAUUUCUGUGCGCUGCGGCUGAACUUCGAGACGCGCGAGGUGCGCGUGGAAUGCCACAAGCGCAAUGCGUCGGUGCAGACGCUCUUCGUUCAACCCAAUUGUGCGAUCCUAAGGCCCCAGACCUACUUGGCAGUCUUGGCGGAGUUUAGUGGGGACACCAUGAGUUUGUCUUUGAGCGGUAUCUCCAUGGUGAAAAACCUUCGCGUGGAUCGACGAGCAGCUGGCGACCACAGCGUGGGUCUGGCAGUCUAUGGCAAGACCCGUUGCUACGUGAAGCGUUUCCGCGUGGCGGCUGCCUCCGCGUCUGCCGGAGACGAGCCCUCCGACCUGGGUGCGGCGCGGAAGGGGGCGACGUCCUAUGGGGGAAGCCCCAACAUCAUGGCGGCGGCACAGCUGGCGGGGGAAGAGAUGGACUUGGCCGUCAGCAUCGAGAGGGACAUAGUUUGUCAAGACCUGAAGGUGCGCUUCGAAGACAUUGGAGGCCUGGAGGAUGCCAAACGCGCCAUCAACGAAGCGGUGAUCUUGCCCUUACUGAUGCCUGAGUUCUUUGUGGGCUUACGUAAACCAUGGAAGGGCGUUCUGCUCUAUGGUCCUCCAGGCACAGGCAAGACCAUGUUAGCCAAGGCAGUGGCCUCGUGCACUGAGAAUAUCACCUUCUUCAACUGCAGCUCGGCCACGCUGACCUCCAAAUGGCGCGGGGAAUCGGAGAAAUUGCUGCGGGCCCUCUUUCAGACUGCUCGGGCCCGAGUUCCUUCCAUUCUCUUCUUCGAUGAGAUCGAUUCGCUUUUGUCACAGCGUGGGGGGGCUGCAGAACACGAGGCUUCGCGACGAUUCAAAUCCGAGUUUUUGAUCCACAUGGAUGGCUUGCUCAGUGAUACUGGAGAUCAGAAUGGGCACCUCUUCGUGUUGGCCACCAGCAACGCGCCCUGGGACUUGGAUGAAGCCUUACGCCGGCGCCUGGAAAAGAGGAUCUAUAUCCCCCUGCCAGAGGAAGCAGCCCGUCAUCGCAUGUUGGAACACUUCUUGAAGGACAUCGCCUUGGAGGAUGUGGACCUUGACCAGCUGGCGGUGAACUUGGACCGCUACAGCGGGGCAGAUGUGCAGCUGGUGUGUCGGGAGGCUUCCAUGAUCCCCAUGCGCAGGAUGGUGGAGGGUUUGAGCCCCAGCGAGCUGGUGGAGCUGAGAAGCCAAGGGAAGCUCUCCACCGACGACUGCCCAUCAGUGUCCAUGGCGGACUUUGAUGCUGCCAUCUGCCGUGUGCAGCCUUCCGUGUCGCAAAGUGAUACUCGACGAUACCUGGAAUGGCAGAAGGACUUCGGAUCACAGUGA